GGUUGUCGGCUUUCUUACCUGCGUGUUGUACCCCGGCUUAGGGACAGUUUUCCCUGCCUCAGGGACCCGCCUGUUUCUCCCACCCACCAGCCUCCGCCCAGCCCACUGCCCAUCCAGUUCAGCACGACAGAGCAACCGGACACGUCUCAGAAAGCUCCGCUCUGUACCCAAUCGGGCCGCGGGAGUCAUUUGUCCGUCUUCUGUAGCGGAGAGCGGCGGGGAGUACCGCGGGAUUUAGGGACACGGUGGACCGAACGACGACUCCCCGCUGGAAGACAGCGAAACGACGAAAAAAUAGUUAAAGAAGCUUAAAGUGACCUCCAGUCAUGAGUCCCCGUUGCAGAGUGAACUUCAACACUAUGAUUUUCCUGGUCGUCCUGCAGGGGGCAGCAGUUGUGCUCUUCUGCAACUGGUACUACCAGCUGAGCCCCUGCGACUCGCCUCCCCAAAAAGGCAAGAUUCACGUUUUGCUGCUGUCGUCGUGGCGAUCAGGUUCGUCCUUCCUGGGUCAGGUUUUCAGUCAGCACCCGUCUGUGUUCUACCUCAUGGAGCCCGGGUGGCAUGUUUGGACCAAAAUAGAGAAACCUGGUGCACGAGUUCUCCGAAUGGCUGUGAGGGAUCUAAUGCGGAACUUGUACCAGUGUGACUUCUCAGUGAUGGAUUCCUACAUGCCUGAGAACUACAAUAUGUCCACUUUGUUUAUGUUUCACCACAGUCGGGCACUGUGCUCACCUCCUGCAUGCUCCCUCACACGACGUAGUGACAUGAGCAACGAGACUCUUUGCCAAAAGAAAUGUGAUUCUCAAGGUUUGGAGACGGUGGAGAAGGCCUGCCACACUUACAGCCAUGUGGUGUUAAAAGAAACUCGUUUUUUUGAGCUGGAAUCACUUUAUCCCCUUUUUCAAGACCCAAGCCUGGACCUCCGCAUCAUUCACCUCGUUCGAGACCCUCGGGCCGUGAUACGGUCGAGAGAGGAAUCAGCCAAGUCUUUUGACGUGGACAACGCCAUCGUCUUGGAGCAAAGAAACGUACCAGCAGCCAGUAUCCAGUACGAAGUGAUGCAGGAGAUCUGCAGAAGCCACGUACGCAUCAACGAAAGGGCAAUCCUGAAGCCACCUCCGUUUCUGGAAGGUCGCUACAAAAUGAUUCGGUAUGAAGACGUGGCACGCAACCCGCUGAAGGAGAUUAAUGAUAUUUAUAAGUUUGUCGGUUUAGAGAUGACCAGUCAGAUGGAGGAAUGGAUCUACAAGGUGACCCACGGAAAAGGGAAAGGCAGCAAGAAAGAGGCUUUCCAGAUCACCUCUAGGAAUGCCAAUGAGGUGUCACAGGCGUGGCGCACCGUACUGCAACACAGCAAGGUCAAACGCAUUCAGGAGCUGUGCAAAGGGGCCAUGUUGCUGCUCGGCUACCGGACAGUUGACAGCGAAAAAGAGCAGAAGAGACUCGACAUAGAUCUGCUGGUUCCACGUGAACCUUAUGAGUUCAGCUGGGUUUCAGCUAAAUCUCAGCACACAGGGAGCAACUAGAGCAGGUUCCCCAAACUUUUUCCUGUGAGGGCCACUUAACUUUUCCCUCCUCUGGUGGAGGGCCGGAGUCAGUUUGUAACAGAAAAAGUGUGACGAUUGCAGGAGUGCCUAAAU